CCGAGGCGGGGCCGCGGAGCGGAAGUAGUUCCUCGUGCGGCCUGUCACUUGGCCGGAAGUGGCCGUUGGCGCUGGGGCUGUCACCUUGCGCGCUGCGCUGCUCCGCCGGACCCCAGGACUGUCCCACGGUCGCCGCCAUGUCCCUCGUGGCCGAGGCUUUGGCCUCCCAGAUAGCAGCUGCGGAACCAUGGCCUGAAAAUGCCUCACUGUAUCAGCAACUGAAGGGGGAACAAAUACUUCUCUCUGACAAUGCAUCCUCUCUUGCAGUUCAGGCAUUUUUGCGAAUGUGCAAACUACGUGUCAAAGUGGUUUGUAGAGCAAAUGCAGAAUAUAUGUCUCCAUCUGGUAAAGUCCCUUUUAUUCAUGUGGGAAAUCAAGUAGUAUCAGAACUUGGUCCAAUAGUCCAAUUUGUAAAAGCCAAGGGCUAUUCACUUAGUGAUGGGCUGGAUGAAGUCCAAAAAGCAGAGAUGAAAGCCUACAUGGAAUUAGUCAAUAAUAUGCUGUUGACAGCAGAGUUGUAUCUUCAGUGGUGUGAUGAAACUACAGUAGGGGAGAUCACUCGCUCUAGGUAUGGGUCUCCCUAUCCUUGGCCUCUGAACCACAUUUUGGCUUAUCAGAAGCAAUGGGAAGUCAAGCGCAAGAUGAAAGCUAUUGGAUGGGGUGGCAAGACUCUUGAACAGGUUUUAGAAGAUGUAGAUCAAUGCUGUGAAGCGCUCUCUCAAAGACUGGGAACACAACCGUAUUUUUUCAAUAAACAGCCAACGGAGCUAGAUGCACUGGUAUUUGGACAUCUUUUUACGAUCCUAACUACUCAGUUGACUACUGAUGCAUUCUCUGAGAAGGUGAAAAACUACGGCAACCUCCUGGCCUUUUGUAAAAGAAUUGAACAGCAUUUCUUUGAGGAUCAUGGAAAAGACAACUCAUCUCUCAGAUCAGCAAAGACCUCGUUGCUCAAAUAGAAAACUUUUGAAAUCUAUUUUGGCUACAGUUAUAACGUAUAUUGAUUUAAAAAUGAAAUAUAAUUUUUUUUCAAAACUCCACACUUCCCUACCAUCAUUUCAUGUGUUUUGUAGACUUCACUGUAUACACGUUAAACAUGAAUGAUUGUCUUUUACUUGUAUUCUAUUUCAUAUAAAUUUCAAGUUUUCUUGUAACACAUAAAAAUAAAGCUCAAACAACUAUGAAAGUCA